AUGACGGUUAAUUCCGCUGUUCGUGCUUCCGGUGCGAGUGCCGCGGAGUUGGUCAUGGGGGGUCGGAUACUAGCACCCUCCGCAGCAUUAUUGGGUUCCAUGACCCAGGCCAAGGAGUUCGGGAUGGAGAUGGACGACACCACGGUCGAGGUAGACCCAUCGACGACGGGCCCCGUCCACAUCAAGUGGUGA